GCUCUCAAGUUUCUUCCUCUUUGGUGGUGACGCCAACAGGGAGACGGGUCCAAAUGCAGACCUCGGUUCUGACUGGCAGCUCUUCCUGGCAUGGAUUUAGAAGAAGCGUUCCAAGUUGUCGGCGAGUUUGGACCCUAUCAGAAGCGGACAGUGGCUGUUCUCCUUCUGACACAGGUGUACAUGGCCUGUCAGUCCAUGCUGAUUGUUCUGGUUGGAUCCACCCCACAGUUCCGGAUAGAGCAGCAGGAAGGCGCCCCACUCAGCCAGCAGGAGCUCCCCCAACAAGUCACCUUUACAGAGGACAUCGACUCCAUUGUGACUGAGUGGUUUCUCAUCAAGCAGCAGGCCUAUAAAGUCAGUCUAGCUGGGUCGCUGUUCUUUGCUGGGCUUCUGGUGGGGAACGUCAUCUUUGGGCCUCUCUCUGACAAGAUCGGCAGGAGACCCGUCUAUUUGAUAGGUCUGUUUUUCGAGGUGGUCUUUGGUUAUGUGACGGCCUUUGCGCCAAGCUAUGAGGUCUUCGCGCUGUCUCGCCUCCUGGUCGGGCUGAUGAACGGUGGCAUCGGCCUGGUCUGCUUCGUCCUCACUCAGGAGUACGUGGGCAAGUCCUACUGGGCCAUGACCGGGACAUUGACAAGUAUGACUUUUGCGGUCGGUAUCGCUCUGUUCGGCGCUCUGGGCUACGUCAUCCGGCCGUGGAGGAGCCUGGCCACAGCAGCCAAUUCGUCUGGGGUCCUGAUCUUCCUGCUCUCUGUCUCUCUUCCAGAGUCUCCUCGCUGGCUGUAUUCCCAGGGUCAGACGUGGCGAGCUGAAGAGGUUCUGCGCCACAUGGCACUUAGGAACGGCAACGCUGCUAACAAGCUGAUGUUGCGGCCAGUUGGGGUCACUAAAGCCGGUAACCAUGACGACAGGGGUAUGGGUGUCCUGCAGCUGGUGAUCCAUCCAGUCCUCCGUCUGAGGACCAUGGUGCUCAUGUUCGUUUGGUAUGCGUGCAGCCUGGUGUACUACGGUCUGACUCUGGGGGCCGGCGCCAUGUCCGGUAACCGUUAUGUUAACAUGGCCAUGUACGGCCUGGUGGAGCUGCCCGCCUACCCUCUCUGCAUAUACUUCAUUAACAAGCACUGGGCUGGGAGGAGGAAGAGCAUGGCCAGCUUCCUGUGGCUGGGUUCUGCACUGAUGUUCUUAAGUGACCUGAAGUUAAUUAAGAUUGGAUCAAGAAUAGCCGUAAGGUUUCAGUUGGUAGUUUUUAUGCCUCAGCACCAGCGAUAG